AAGCUCCCAACAAUGGCUUCUACUCCUCCAUCCACCCCUUCCAAAACAAUCCCAGUCUUCAUCACCACCGAUUCCCUACACUCAAUCCUCUCUCACCAAACCCUAAUCAACCACUUCCACUCUUCCCUCCCCGCCGUCUCCUCCUCCCUCUGCUCCCCCCUCCGCCAAAGCCACGCUGUCUCCUCCACCUCCUCCCUCCUCCUCAUGCCCUCCUGGUCCUCCUCCCCUUCUCUCCCCUACAUCGGCGUCAAGCUCGUCACCUACUUCCCGCUCAACUCCGCCGUCAGCUUGCCCGGAAUCCACGGCAGCUACGUCCUCUUCAGCUCCACCUCCGGCCAAACCCUCGCCACCAUGGACGGCACUGCUCUCACUCUCUACCGCACUGCCUGCGUCUCCGGAUUAGCUUCCAGGAUCCUAUCAAGAAAUGACAGUGAGGUUUUGGUCAUGGUCGGAGCCGGAGCUCUGGCGCCGCAUUUGAUCAGGGCGCAUCUUGCAGCGAGGCCGGGGUUGAAGAGAGUGAUCAUAUGGAACAGGACGGAGGAGAAGGCGAGAGCAUUGGCGGCGGAGAUGAGGGGGAGUUUGGGAGGUGAUGGGGUGGAGUUUGGGAGCUGUGGGAGGUUGGAUGAGGCGGUGGAGAUGGGGGACAUUGUGAGCUGCGCCACGAAUUCGGAGGUGGCGCUGGUGAAGGGGGAGAGGCUGAAGGUGGGAGCUCAUUUGGACUUGGUUGGCUCGUUCCAGCAUUCGAUGAAGGAGUGUGAUGAUGAGGCUGUAAGGAGGGGGAGAGUGUUUGUGGACAAUGAGGCGGCGCUGGUGGAGGCCGGGGAGCUGGUUGGAGCUUUCGAGAGGGGUGUGAUUGAGAAGGGUGAUGUGUGUGGGAUGCUGGUGGAGUUGAUCAGAGGAGAGAAGGCUGGGAGGAGAAGUGAUGAGGAGAUUACCGUGUUCAAGUCGGUAGGAUCAGCAGUUGUGGACAUUCUUGCUGCACAGCUGGUGUAUGAAACUUACAUGAAGCAGUGAGAUUUGUUUCACUGGUGCUGAGAUUUGCCAGUUGUAUACUUACAUACACAUCAUGAUUCGUGUCGCUAAAAAUCUGUGAAUAAAAUGCCUGCUUGUGGUUUUAGAUCGGAGAUCUACAAUGCAGAAUCCGAGUUUAUGACAGAACUUAACAAUAAGCUUCUAUUAUGUGAUAAGCAUAUCCAAUGUUUGCUGUACAAACUUUUCAAAAAAAAAAAAAGUGUAUUGCUGUACAAUCU